AUGCAAGAAUUACAAAGUGAUUCAUCGAAUUCUAUUGCAAGUUUUCUUCAACCACCCAUCGAUACAAAUGUUGAGAAUGUUCCAGAGCGAUGUUCAAUCACUUCACCACAACUUUAUAAAGUAAUGCAAGAGUUACAAAACAAUUCAUCAUCUUCAACAACUUCUGAAACGGAAUCAUUACCUGAUGAUAUAGGUGUUGAGAAUGUACCAGAACGACAACAUUCAAUAACGUCACCACAACUUUAUAAAAUAAUUCAUGAGCUACAUAUUGAUUCACCAAAUUCUAUUUCAAAUUGUAUUCAAUCACCAAUUGAAACAAAUGUUGAGAAUGUAUCAGAACGUAAUUCUAUAACAUCAUCACCACAACUUUAUAAAGUAAUGCAAGAGUUACAAAUUAAUUUUUCCGAUAAUCAUGGAGAAUUAUCAAACUCUCCUACAACUCCAUUAAAUCAAAGAACUUCUGAGAAUGUUCCGGAACAUCAUUCAAUGACUUCACCACAAUUUUAUAAAUUAGUACAAGAGUUUCAAAUUGAAUCAUCAAAUUCUCUUUCAACUUCAGUUCGAGAAUCUUCUGAGCCCAGAUCACCAUCUAUUGAUACAAAUGAUAUGAUGAUGGUUUCUGUAUCAGGAUCUAAAAGAAAUCAUGAUGAAAUAUUAGAUGAAGCACGAUGCCUUUGGGCUACCUGUGCCGCGGUAUUCAGAUCUAUUGAUGAAUUAAUACCUCAUCUUUCGAAAUUACAUGUGGCAGGUCGUAGUAAAGGAAAUUUAUGUCGAUGGGAUUCAUGUACCAAAGAAGAGGAAGGUAGUGACGAAUUAAUAGAACAUUUGUGCUUAGAUCAUUUGAGGACUCGAGAUCAUAGUUGUAAAUGGCAAGGAUGUUAUUUAAGAUUUCAAACAUUUGAAGAAUUAACUGGGCAUCUUAGUGAAGGUCAUAUCGGAGGUGGUAGAAGUCAGUAUAUAUGUUAUUGGGAAAGAUGUGAUCGAGAAGGACGUCCAUUCACACAACGUGAUAAACCAUAUCAAUGUACUAUUUGUAAAAAGCGAUUUUCAGAAGCUAAUAUAAUGACCCAACAUAUGAGAACUCAUACUGGGGAAAAACCAUUUAAAUGUCCGCAACCUGAAUGUGAUAAAACUUUUUCAAUUUCUGGAGCACUUACCAUACAUUUACGAGUGCAUACAGGUGAAAAACCAUUUAAAUGUAAAUUUGAAGGGUGUAUUAAACGUUUUGCGGAAUCAUCAAAUUUGACCAAACAUAUGCGUGUUCAUACUGGUGAACGUCCAUUUAAAUGUCCAAUUGGAACUUGUAACAAAAAGUUCUCGAGACCAGAUCAAGUUACACGACAUCAGAAAACUCAUGUGAAACAACAUUGA